AUGAUUGUUGCAGGCAACAACCAACCUAAGAAGUCCUAUCUUUUCAGUCCGAAGCGGGAUCCGGCGGCGAAUCUCCCCCAUAAAAAGGGCGAACCAGUCGCCAGAACCUCGCGUUCACGCCGAGGAUUGUGUAGGAGCGCCAAUGACUGUAUGAGCAUGGGUUCUACUCUUUCAACUACCCAGAGUCAGCAGCGCCCUAAGUCUUUGCUGGAGCAACAGGUGGAAGAUCUAGAAAAGGAAGUUGUAAAGCAGAAGGAGCUGAGGAUAAUGUACAGAAAGAGAAUGGAAAGAACACAUGACUACUUAAAAUACUGUCUUCAAGUAGCCCAAGAUCAUGGGUUUUUGGACCUCAUACUUCACAAGAAUAUUAAAAAUGAUCCUAACCCACAAGAAUCUCCUGUAGUUUCUUCUCCUUUUCUCACCGCUAAUGCGAGUCCCCAAUUCUAUUCUCCCAUUCCAAUUGAUCACAAAAAUUCCGACCUCUCUGCCCUUAUUUGUCAAGCCAAGAUGAACGGAUGGUAUAUUGAUCAUUGUGAGAUUGAAGUGCAAGAAAAAAUAGGGCAAGGAAGCACAGCAGAAAUAUACAAAGCCGUUUGGCGAGGGCUUGACGUUGCAGUAAAAUGCAUAAACCCAGAUUUUUUCCUCUCCAACGAAAGCGGUGUCGCCUUUUUCGCUCAAGAACUCGAAACUCUAUCGAAACAGCGCCACAGAUUCGUACUGCAGCUUAUGGGCGCAUGCCUUGAUCCUCCGAGUCAUGCUUGGAUUGUGACAGAGUAUUUAGGGUUAACACUUAAAGAAUGGCUUCAUGGAUCGAAUAAAGGUAGGCGAAAAGAGAGAUUGAGUCCACUGCCUCCGUUUAAAGAGAGGAUUGGGAGAGCUUUAGAGAUUGCUCAAGCAAUGCAGUAUCUUCAUGAGCAAAAACCUAAAGUGAUUCAUCGGGAUCUUAAACCUAGUAAUAUAUUUUUGGACGAUGCUUUUCAUGUUAGGGUUGCUGAUUUUGGUCAUGCGAGAUUUCUUGGCGAUGAAGAAAUGGCACUCACCGGUGAAACUGGAACAUAUGUUUAUAUGGCGCCUGAAGUGAUUCGAUGCGAGCCAUAUAAUGAAAAGUGCGAUGUUUACAGCUUCAGUAUUAUACUUAACGAGAUUAUAACCGGCAAUCAUCCCUACAUAGAAACAGAUUUUGGUCCCACCAAGAUUGGUCUGGAAGUUGCAGAAGGGAAGCUGAGGCCCAUGCUUCCAGCUGCAGAGGAUCAAAAAGGCCCACUCAUCAACCUAAUUUGUGCAUCAUGGGAUCAAGAUCCUUCUGUUAGACCAUCCUUUGGUACCAUCACUUCUGUCCUAAAAACAAUUCAGCUAAGAAUCAUAGACCACAGUUGCUCAUGUUUACCUAAUUAAUACUUUUAAUUAAUUUAUGAUAUGGUCAAUUAU